CAAAUAUAUAUAUGUACUAAUUCUCUGGCCUUUGACUCAGUAGGUUUUCCCAAGUCUUUCUCUGCAUUCUUCCCAGACUGGUCGACGCUUCAUCUUCCAAAUUCCAAAGAUGGAUUGGCAAGGGCAAAAGAUAGCAGAGCAGAUAAUGCAGAUAAUGCUGCUUGCAUUUUCUGUGAUUGCAUUUGCAACAGGAUAUAUUAUGUCUUCUUUCCAAAUGAUGAUCCUCAUAUAUGCUGCUGGUGUGGUUCUUGCCACGUUGGUGACUGUCCCUAAUUGGCCAUUUUUCAACCGUCAUCCUCUCAAGUGGUUGGAUCCAAGUGAGUUGGAAAAGCAUCCAAAGCCUCAACCAUCUCUGAAUGUAAAUUCUAAGAAGAAACCUGUUAAGAAGUAGGUUUCUUUGACGCAACUUAGUGCUAGUAUUUUCUUGAGUUAAAAAGUUCCAUACUUUUGACAGGAUUUUGAGUCUUUCUUUACCUCCCUUUCCCCUUCACCGGAUAUUACAAUGUUUUUUGGACUGCAAGGAUUAUAUCCGUUUGUUUGAGGUUUUUAUUCGUUUACAUCCAUUUUCUUUUGAGUCUCUCUCUCACCCUCUCUCCCAUAUGGAUUAUAAAUUCAACAUUACUCUUGUUUUUUGGAUA